UAUUUACCCAAUUCCACAAGGAAGCGGGCAAUAAUAAAUUUUAAUUUAAAUUGGAUCCGGUUUAGUGUGACAGUUGCGGUAAAAACGGCUUGGUUGAGGUGCUCGUUACUUGAACCGAACGAACGAAAGGUCACGUCUUGACCUUAAGUUAAUGCUUUAUCAAUGAUGAUAAUCUAAAGUUGCAACUGAUACUAGACUAAAUAAAUAAACAGAACACUUGGGUAAAGAACAGUCCUGGUCAUUAAACUACGCGAAAAAUGACGGUGGUACUACUACUAAUAGUACUUCCGCUGCUGGGUGGCGUCCACUCGUCUGGGAUUCUUUACCCAAGGGCUUCCGAAACGCGCGAUUUAAUUAGUUUGGACGGUUUGUGGAAUUUUGCAGUGACAAACACCACUGACCCAAUGAGGGGUCAUUUAGACAAUUGGUUCCGUGUCAAUUUCAACACAAUUGAUCUUGAUGUUCAAAAAAUGCCGGUACCUUCGAGUUACAACGACGUUGGUACUGACACCAGUCUUAGGGACCAUGUGGGGCCGGUUUGGUACCAGAGAAGUUUUUUUGUACCAAAGGGAUGGUCGGGACAAAAGGUUUGGAUUCGGUUUUCUUCAGUGUGUCGAGCGGCUGAAGUUUGGAUUAAUGACGAAUGGGUUGUGAGUCACGACAUUGGCCAUUUGCCGUUUCAAGCUGAAAUCUCCAAAAUUGUGAAUUUUGGGGCCGAAAAUACAAUCACAGUCACUGUUGAUAAUACGUUAACUGCGACCACAAUUCCACAGGGAAGUAUUUCAGAAUUGAUAAGUGGUCGAGUCAAGCAAAGUUACACGUUUGAUUUUUUUAAUUAUGCCGGAAUUGACCGUCCUGUGGUCCUCUACACCACUCCAGCGACUUACAUUGACGAUAUAACAGUCACUACAGACAUUGAUGGUACUAAUGGUUUCAUCAAUUAUUCGGUUGUGGUCGAAGGUUCGGAUAAAGUGACCACGAAAGUGUCCCUUCUUGACAAAACUGGCAAAGAAGUCGCCUCAGACACUGUCCUAACCGGCAUUUUAUUCGUCCAAAACGCCACGUUUUGGUGGCCUUAUUUAAUGGACCCAAACCCCGGUUAUUUGUACUCGCUUCAAGUCCAACUUUUGGACGCUUCCAGCAAUUUGGUCGAUAAAUACACACUUCCAGUGGGAAUUCGCGUCAUUUCGUGGAACUCUACAAGUGUGACAAUCAACAAAAAACCGAUCUAUUUGCGAGGUUUUGGCCGCCACGAAGAUUCCGAUCUUCGAGGAAAAGGUUUAGACUUGCCUUUAAUAAUCAGAGAUUACAACUUGAUAAAGUGGAUCGGUGCUAAUGCUUAUCGCACCUCGCAUUAUCCAUACGCUGAGGAAAUUAUGGACCUGGCCGACGAGUUCGGAAUUAUGAUUAUUGAUGAAAGUCCAGCCGUAAAUACGGAAAACUUCUCCAACGAGUUGUUGGAAAAUCACAAGAAAUCUCUAACUGAAUUGAUUCAAAGAGACAAAAACCGACCAAGUGUUAUCAUUUGGUCGGCAGCCAACGAACCCAGGACUCAAUACAAUGCCUCAGAAGCGUACUACAAGGAGGUGGUAGCCCAUAUUAAAAGUUUGGACACCACAAGACCUGUAACUGUGGUCAAUAACCAACUACCAGACUCGGAAUAUUCGGGCAAAUUUAUCGACAUUGCCUCGUGUAAUGUGUACUACGGUUGGUACUCCAACACUGGUGACAUUGACGUUGUCACCGCAAAAGUAAAAGAAGUUGCAACAAGGUGGAACAAACUCCACAAUAUUCCAGUCAUUAUGACGGAAUAUGGGGCCGAUACACAGGAAGGCCUACAUUUGUUACCGGCAUAUUCCUGGUCCGAGGAGUACCAAAACACUCUUCUGUCACAGUACUUCCAAGCGUUUGAUCAAAUGCGAGAGGAGGGUUUCUUCAUUGGCGAAAUGAUUUGGAACUUUGCUGAUUUCAAAACUGCUCAAACAUAUACCAGAGUUGGCGGUAACAAAAAAGGGAUUUUUACGCGAAAUCGCCAACCCAAAGCCAGUGCCCAUCUCUUAAGAAAAAGGUACUGGGCCUUGGCCCAAAAUUUGGACAAUGCUGAAGUUCCUGACGACCUUAAUGAGUACAUAAUUAAUACCAAAACUGUAGUCAAAGAUGAAUUGUGAUUGCCAAUAAAAAUUUUAUACCUC